UGUUUUUAACUUUAUGUAGUCUUUGGUGCCAAAUCAAGCUCAAUUAUUCAACAAACAUAACGACUGUUCUCGUUAACAUGCGCCUGACAACGAACCAUCACCAGUUGUCUUCACUCUGACCAACAGGUACACCCGCGGCGCAUUUUAGACUCACCCACCUAACAGAUCAGGGGAAUCAAAUCAACUCAACGGUAUUAUGAAAUGAAUGGUCGUUAACGAUUUCUUUUUCCUUCCAUUUAUCUCUGACCUCAUCAUAUUCUCGGAUAAGGUUGAUAAACCAGAGAAUUGAGGGAUGGAAAUAAAUGACCAAGCUGUUGACAGUAGAUAUGUAGGGGAUUCUAUUCCAGGAAAAAAUUUCGUGCAUGGAGAGAUUUCAUCUGGUGGAAAGGACAUGCAAGAGAUAGAGAGAACCAUGAAAAUUUUAAGUAAAGUUGAUUUGGACUUGGCACUCUCUUCUGAGAAGUUGGUAAACUUGCAUGUAUUUUCAAUGCACCUUUUGGCUAGGGGGGAUGAUCUUGAAACAAUGGCCAUGGGUAAUAUUCAUAUCUCAGCAACCUCCACUGAGAAGGCAUUGGUAUAUGAUCUCUUAUUUGGCAUUUUAGAUUCGGAGUUAAGAGAGGUGGACAUUUUUUUGGAUGCUCUCCGACCAGAGAUUGUUGAUGCCCAUCAUAAAAUAUCUUCAUGCAGACAUUUGAGAGAGAUAUUUACUAUGAUGGAACACAAGUUGUUUGAUUCUGAAGAGUCAUUGAAGCAGUCACAAGAGCAUGUUUUGGAGUUGAAGAUGCAAUCAGCCAAGUUGCAGAGAGCCUUGUCAUUUCUUAAACAUGAUAAUUGUGAAAAUGAUGAUGCCAGGGAGAUAUCGGUAAAUGGUUCACUAUCAAACAUGAAUGGGAAAUCAAAAGUUCAGAAAGCUGCGGCACAAAGACAUAUUUUAAGGAUGUUGGAGAAGUCUCUUGCGAGGGAGCUAGAUCUGGAGAAGAAAUUAUCAAAGUUUGAACAAAAUGAAGAGCAGCUGAAGGUAAAGCUACACCAUACAGAGGAGGUGUCUUUGCGCAUGGAAGAAGCAGCUGAAGUUGUAUGGGGAAGGUUUCUGGAGGCUGAAAAUGCAGCAGAGGUGCUCAUGGGGAUUUCCAAGGAAUUGCUAGGUCAACUUCAGAUUGUUCAAUAUAAUCUGAAUGGUUCCCUCCAACGAGAAGCUGAGAUAAAAUAUAAAUUCGAAGAUUGCAUUGGACAGCUGAAAACCAAAGACUUUGCUUUACAGAAACUUGAGAGCAGCAAUGCAGGAGAUACUACUGAAAGUUAUGAAGUGUUAGCAUUGAAGGAAAAAGUAAAAUCACUGGAGGAACAGCUGAAAGAAUCUGAAAUGCGGCUGAUGAAUGCUAAUGCCUCCUAUGAAGCAAGUCAAGAGCAGCUUGAUGAAAUGGAAAAUAUAAUUGAGUCACUGAAAGAGAACACUUAUGAAGCAGAAAGUAGGGCUGAAAGUGCAGAAGCCAGGGUUGCCCAGUUAACUGAUACAAAUUUGGAACUAACUGAAGAGCUAAAUUUUCUUAAAGGUAACAGUGAUAGUACCACAAAGAAGGUAGGUUUACUUGAAAAACAGGUGAGGGAGUUAGAAAUCCAACUACAGCAUGCGAAAGCAUCCUCAGAGGCAAGUCAAGAGCAGCAAAAUAUGUUAUAUUCAGCAAUAUGGGACAUGGAAACUUUAAUUGAAGAUCUGAAAUCAAAGGUUUCCAAAGCUGAAAGUAAAACUGAGAGUGCAGAGGAGCAAAGUAUUGUAUUAUCUGAAAGUAUUUUUGAACUAAAUCAAGAACUAAGUGCUACGAGGGAUAGGGUGAAAAUCUUGGAGUCAUCUUUGGAUGAAUCUAAUAUUGCAAAAGCUGCACAUGCAAAAGAAAUUAACCUUAAGACCAAGCUUAUGAUGGACAUGGUUAUGCAACUAGCCACUCAAAGGGAGCUCAUUCAAAAUCAGGUGUACUCCUUAACAGAGCAGAAUAAGUUGUUGUUGGAGAAAUUACUGUAUACAGAAAAAAAAGAUUAUACAACUAUUCAAAAUUCCAAAGAUGGUGAUAACAAAGAGCUGACAUUUUCCAAGAAUGAUUUGAUUCAUUCUAAUUGUAUGAAUACCUGUGAGGGUUCAGAGUCCUUGGCUCAAAGUAUCCAGGCAGGUGGAUGAAUUUCCCAGAGAUUCCAGGGCAUGUGGGACUGAAGUUGGGCCUUCAGGCACAGAAGACAAUAACGCUGUGAUGGCCUCAAAUACCGAGGCUGCAAGGAUGAAACAUGUUAGCCUAAGGGGUGUUGUUCUUGCCAUAUUUGUGUCACUACUUUCAGUGUCAGUCUUAUAUUUUCUUUGAUUAAUUUCGAUGGCUGAACUCUGUCACGACAUUUGCAUCAGGAUUUGUGUAUUUCAGGCAACAAUUUGCAUAGAAUGCUGGAUUGAUUGGAUUGCUUUGGUGGGUCCCUUUAUGUUGUACAUAAUUGAUUUCAUUAUUGUAUUCUUUGUAAAUGUUCUUGUUGUAUUGAUAAUUGUGAGACGAAAACCUUACGUGUUUGUUAUACAGUCUCUGUGUAUUUAUGUUACCCUACCCGAAAUUUGCUUCCUUA